AGUUUUUAUUGUUGAAUUUUAGUGAAGAUUACUGAAAUUGGCUUUCGGGAAUUUGGUGUGAUUAUUUGCUCAGUGUGAGCGGUUGAGGUAACUUCGCGCACAUUGCGCUGUCACUGGUUUGUGUACAUUGUUUGUGAGCAAAGAAAACUUUCCAAACUGAUAUUUCGUACGGCAAAAGGGAAAAAAGCGUUGUUUCAUCAAUUCGGUUUACUGCAAUAUAUUUUAUAAUUUUUAACGUUUUUAUGAGCUAAAUUUUGUACGAUAUGUUGAAUGCAUUAGGUGUAAUUGUUUCAGGUAGGCUGGUACAAACUGAUUUUCAGCAAAUAUCAGAGUCGAAGUUUUUGAUAAAUAUUCCUGAAGCCGAUAACGUUAAUCACGUGGUUGUGUUUUUAACCGGCACAACACCCUUUCCCGAAGGAAUGGCUGGUGCUGUCUAUUUUAGCUGGCCAGAUCCAAAUGCUCCCCCGACUUGGCAGCUUCUCGGGUAUAUUUCCAACAGUAAGCCUUCGGCCAUAUAUAAAAUAUCCCAAUUGAAAAAACUAGAUGAAAUUGCUCCGCAAAGUCCGGUAAAUGUUUUUGGCACAAACCUGCCCAUCUCGCAUAUUGCUCAGAUCGGGGUUUCUAUCGAACCGGAAGCAUCUCUUAUACAGCAAACUCCGGCAACGGCGAGCUCUGACACAUACUUCCAAUUCGGGCAGAAAAUGAUUGAAAAUUUCUUCAAUUUUGUAAGCAGCUUUUCGUUGACUCAAUCGCAGAUGGUUCCAAAUCCUAACGAAACCUUUGUGCCACUGUCAACUGUGCAAACGUGGUUUACCAAUUUUCAACGUCGGUUGCAACAAAACCCAAACUUUUGGAAGAGCUAAAUUGCGGAUUACCGUUGCUAGUCACAUUUCGGACCGUUGAAAGCCGGUGCACAGGAUUGAAACCAAUUCAAACAACAUGCGAUGUGACAUACCUGCCUAUAUGUACGGAAGAGCAAUACUGUUGUUCGUCUAUUCGUGUUGGGCGAAAGCGAUGGUUUUGUUGUUAGGUACGUUAUUCAUAAUAUGCUAUAAAAAUCUUCAAGCAUUUCAUUUGGGUUGAUAAAUAAGCAAAAAAAAAACGAAGUAAAUUACAUUUGAAUAUAUAUCUAUCUGUUUUUUCUUAUAAGGCGCCUUGCAUUGCUAUGCAUUAUAGAUGUGGCUGCAGUAAAAUAAUUCGAGCAUCGUUGGUUUCCAAAACAAAUAUUCACUAACAUUUGAUUCAUCUCAUGAGUCAAUAUUUUCUUUUCUGUUUUUUUCCUUAAAUGCCAAUGCUACGCAGCACAAUUUUAUUUCUAGCAUCAGCGUAUAUACUAUAAAACACGACCUAUACGUGAGUGCGUUAACAAAAUAGUAGAAGCCUAGGACAAAUCAUUGUGUGUAAUAUUGUGAAUAAUUAACUCGCAGAUGUUGCAUUGCUUCAUAUAUUUAUUUAAAAAUAAACAAUAAAUAUAACUAAACUUUUCAAAAUU